AUGUCUUGGAGUGGAAUCAAAAAGGCCAUCAAUAGGGCCGGGACCCAGGUAAUGUUGAAGGCUGGCCAAAUAGAACAAACAGUAGACAAGGAAUACGAAUAUGAAGAGAAAAGGUUCAGGGCUAUGGAAUCGUCGUCCGGUAAGCUCCAGAAGGAGCUAAAGCAUUAUUUAGAUACCCUACGCAUGGUGACCAAUGCACAAGUUAACAUUGGAGAAAUGAUGGCAUCGUUCUAUGGCGAGAUAGACGCCAGUAAACCGAACAGUAGCAUAUCUCAAGACUACUAUGAUGUCGUAAAAUACUUGAAUGAAAAGUGCGUCGCUGACCUUGAAGAGCCCUAUCAUCACACGGUAUUGAAUCCUGUUUCACGAUUUAACUCGUACUACGUGGAAAUCAACGAGGCCAUCAAGAAGCGUGCUCACAAGAAAUUAGAUUACGACUCAAUGAAAAGUAAAGUCAGAAAGUUGGUAGAGAAGCCAACUGAUGAUCCCCUGUACGAGCUGAAGUUGGGUGGCGCACAAGCACAGUUGUCACAAAUGGAGAAGACAUAUGACGAACUAAAUACACAGCUUAAGCUGGAGCUACCCAAACUAAUCAACUUAAGAAUACCCUUCUUUGAUCCUUCAUUCGAAUCAUUUGUCAAGCUACAGCUUCGAUUCUUCAACGACAAUUAUGCUCAGUUAAACAAGUUACAAACUAAGUUAGAUGCUAAAACCAGAGACGAUUACAUCAACGGAAAUUUGGAAAAGAGAGUCGACGAUGUUUUGGUGAAAAUGAAAGAAUUGAAUAUCACGAGUAUUUAG